GACUAAACGCAGAACAGGGAUCCUGGAACUGAAUAAGCAACAGGGCUAUGGACACUAGCGUAGCUGCUUUACGUCGCCCCCUGCAGGUGAUCUGGGAGAGGACAUAAGCGGAGCCUGUCCCUUGUGUGUUCUCGAAGGCACUCGCCCUCCACCGGGGAGCCUGCAGGAUGGCAGCCAACGGCACAGUGGGGCCUGAAUCGCAGGAGAUGCAGCGCCGCGUGGAUCAGAUCACAGAUGAGUCGCUGGAGAGCACCCGCCGGAUGCUGCAUAUGGUGGAAGAGAGCAAAGAUGCUGGGAUCCAGAUCUUGGUGAUGCUGGAUGAACAGGGAGAACAGCUGGACCGGAUUGACGAGGGGCUGGACCAGAUCAACCAGGACAUGAAGGAGGCAGAGAAGAACCUGACAGACAUGGCCAAGUGCUGCGGCCUCUGCGUCUGCCCCUGUGCCAAGCUGAAGAACAUCAAGGCCAGUGAGGCGUACAAGGCCGUCUGGGGCAACACCCAGGACGGGGUGGUCUCCACGCAGCCCUCGCGGGUGGCAGACGAAAGGGAGCAGAUGAUCAUGAGCGGUGACUACAUCCACAGAAUAACAAAUGACGCGCGGGAGGACGAGAUGGAGGAGAACCUGGUGCAGGUGGGGAGCAUCCUGGGCAAUUUGAAGAGCAUGGCGCUGGACGUGGGCAAUGAGAUCGACAUCCAGAACAAGCAGGUGGACAAGAUCAUGGAGAAGGUCACCGUGAAUGAAGAUCGCAUCCAGGAAGCCAACACCCGGGCCAAGAAGAUUCUAAAAAAUGCUUGAGACGCCGCUCCACGUGCUCUCCCGCUUCGCUGCCCCCCCACCCUCACCCCGGCUCCUGGUCGCAGCUGUCUGUCUGUCCGUCCGUCCCUGCUGUCCAACGUGCCCUGGAGUCUCUGGUGCCGUGUGUUAGGUGGAGCCUCGGCUGUUUGGGGCGGGCGUAGCGUGUGUGCACUGCCAUUGCUCUUAGCGGAUAACAGCCUAACUAUGGCAGCUAGCUAGGGGAGCUCCUCCUGUAGCUCCAGUGCGAGAGGGUUGUCUCUGGGUGCUGAAGGUUGUAGGCUCAGUCGCAGUUGGGAGGGCGGAGUACGCUACAGACACAGUAACUCCAUGUGUUGUGGGGGGAAGGAAUCUUU